GUGUCGCCGUGUCGUUCCAAUCACAGAGUCGCCAUAACAAGUCUCAACCCGGACACAUUUGAUUCAUUGAUGCACGCGCGUCGCUCCGUGUCGCCGGCCUGACCUUGACACGUUGUGUGGUGUGUAGCUGAGAUGAGAACUCACCGUAGGUUUUACCCUGACUUCCCGGGCCCGUGUACCUAAUGGAUUUCUCGAGCGGAAUCAUAAAAUAUUUCACAGUUUACAAUCAAUAAUGCUGUAGUGUCGAUAUUCGACCUGUUCUGUUCCAUCGGCUAGCAGACGACAGUGUAUGAAGAUUCCUGCUGACAAAUGGUAAUUGGGUCACAGACAAGGGGACCUGACUACAAACUGGCACAGGAUUGACGGAAGUAUCGAGUACUUGUAUCUAGAUCUAGCCAUGGAUUUUCGCAUCUGACACCGUGAAUACUGUCUGCAGAGAUGACGCCCAUCCUCGCUUUCGUUCUUCUCUUUGGAGCCUUCAUUCUCAACAGCCCUGAGGUAAACUUGGUGAAAGGAGUGAGCGGAAAUGUUCUUCGUGAAGCGCACAUCUCUUCCCCUCUCCGGGUGGUGCCAGAGGCUGAAGAAGAACUCACGCGCAAACACAGUUCUCCAGCUCACACCAACGUCUCGACCGCACGUCAACAUUUCAAUUUAAAUGCUGCAUCAAUCGGGAAAAUAUCGGAACAAAACACAUCAUUUCCCGGAGAUGUUCCCGUUCAAUCUGUCCUCGUACAAACAAACACGUCAGCGGGCAUUUCCGUUUCUACGGGUAAAGAUGACGUCAUCUUACAACGAAGUGCUAGUGACGUCAGUCGCCUUUUUGGAUUAAUGACACGUCGAAAAAGGGACUUAACUCUAUCUGACUUGAGUGAUUUGCUGCUCUUGAUUGCUCCUGAAUAUCGCCUUGUCAUUCACGUCCACAACAUGGAGGCGAGCUCUAACCUCAGCAUCGACUCGACCAUCCGGAGACUCAAGAAUGCUUUAGCGGUGGAGCUGCCCUGGCCGAUACAGGAUAUACACGUUGAGAAAAUCAAUUUUGCUGACAGCAAGAUAGAAUUCUACUUUGUGGACAACUAUGGCCAGCUAGUUCCUGUCAAAGAUUUAAUUACAGCUGACUUGUUAUCUAGACUUAGCAGUCAUGUACCUGACCUGGGACUUAGGCAAGUUUCAGGAGAGGAGCCGAUAAAUUUAGCUCUUACUGUGCACUCUGAGCCAUUUUGGACCAAGCCAUAUUUUCCUUAUGCUGUGGCAGGUGCAUCAGUGACUGUAGUGCUAACUAUAGCUCUGCUGAUCUACUGCUGCUGCUGCCGCAAUGGGAAAGACAAAGAAAUUCUGGACGAGGAGGUAUGUGUGGGGCACGCCAUCUACUACCCCUCCCUGAAGCCCGAGUUGGCCGAGCCCACACCUGUCCAGCCUGAGUCCCCCAUCCCCAUCUACACAGCCUCAGGUAUCACAACACCUGUGCCAGCCCAGCCUGUCAGGAUCAAAACCAAAGGUCUGCUGGAAAGACGAGGCUCAAAUGCAAGUCUUACCUUGGACCUUAACCCAGCCAGUGACCUGGGAAGAUGGGAAGGCACUCCUCCUAAAGAAAGCACUGCCCUUGAGUAUUUGAUGUCUGCUGGCAACCGAUUAAGCAGACGGGAUCUUCGUAAUGCUGUAAAACACACAAAGAUUUUGUAUGAAGAAUUCUGGGAAAUCCCAAUGAAUCACACAGAGAAAGUAUCUGUGGCUGGUUCUGGCAUGAAAAACAGAUACAAAACAAUUAUUCCAAAUGAACACAGCAGAGUUAUCCUCCCUGAUAUAGACUGUGAUCCAUUAAACUCUUACAUAAAUGCUAACUACAUAAAAGGCUAUGAAGGCGAGUCUAGGGCCUACAUAGCAACUCAAGGACCAAUGGCUCACACUGUUGUAGACUUCUGGAGAAUGAUUUGGUUUGAAAAGUGUCCAAUCAUAGUCAUGAUUACAAAGUUGAAAGAAAAAAGCAAGCCAAAAUGUGAAAACUAUUUACCAGAGAGGUGGGGGGUGUAUGGCGAUGUGGAGGUUGUUAUAGAGAAAAUUAUCUGUAAAAAAGGUUUCAUUGUCAGACAUAUAACACUGAGAUGUAACGGUGAGAGCCAGACUGUCCUACACUACUG